CCUGUCCAGCAUGCUUGUGCCAGUCUGCCUGGACUCUCACCCCAGGCUUCGCAGCAGGCAGUCUGACAGAACUCAGUCAUGACAACUUAUAGCGACAGAGGACAGAAGCCCGAGCGGGGCCGAUUCCUCCACUUCCACUCUGUGACCUUCUGGGUUGGCAAUGCCAAGCAGGCUGCAUCAUUCUACUGCAGCAAGAUGGGCUUUGAACCCCUUGCCUACAAGGGCCUGGAGACUGGAUCACGGGAGGUGGUCAGCCAUGUGAUCAAGCAAGGGCAGAUCGUGUUUGUCCUCUCCUCUGCCCUCAACCCCUGGAACAAAGAGAUGGGUGACCACCUGGUGAAGCACGGUGAUGGGGUGAAGGACAUUGCGUUCGAGGUGGAAGACUGUGAUUACAUCGUGCAGAAAGCCCGGGAACGGGGCGCCAAAAUCGUACGGGAGCCCUGGGUGGAAGAAGAUAAGUUUGGCAAGGUGAAGUUUGCCAUGCUGCAGACGUACGGGGACACGACACACACCCUGGUGGAGAAGAUGAACUACACAGGCCGCUUCCUGCCUGGCUUUGAGGCCCCAACAUUCAAGGACUCCCUGCUAUCCAAGCUGCCCACCUGCAGUCUUGAGGUUAUUGAUCAUAUUGUGGGAAACCAGCCUGACCAGGAGAUGGUGUCUGCCUCAGAAUGGUACCUCAAGAACCUGCAGUUUCACCGUUUCUGGUCUGUGGACGACACACAGGUGCACACAGAAUACAGCUCUCUGCGCUCCAUCGUGGUGGCCAACUAUGAGGAGUCCAUCAAGAUGCCCAUCAACGAGCCAGCACUGGGCAAGAAGAAGUCCCAGAUCCAGGAAUAUGUGGACUAUAACGGGGGUGCCGGAGUCCAGCACAUCGCUCUCAAAACCCACGACAUCAUCAAGACGAUUCGCCACCUGAGGGAGAGAGGCAUGGAGUUCUUGGCAGUCCCGUCCACGUACUACAAACAACUACGAGAGAAGCUCAAGACUGCCAAGAUCCAGGUGAAGGAAAGCAUCGAUGUCCUUGAGGAGCUGAAAAUUCUGGUGGACUACGACGAGAAAGGCUACCUCCUGCAGAUCUUCACCAAGCCCAUGCAGGACCGGCCCACGCUCUUCCUAGAGGUCAUACAGCGCAACAACCACCAGGGCUUUGGAGCCGGCAACUUCAACUCACUGUUCAAGGCUUUCGAGGAGGAGCAGGACCUGCGGGGCAACCUCACCGAUUUGGAGACCAACGGGGUCGCCAGGGGCAUGUAAGCCUGCGUCCAGGCACAUCCGUCCACCCGCGGGUCCACUGUGUGUGGACCACGCCCCCUAGCGUUGGGUCACGCCCAUCCCGUAAUGCCGCUCCUAUCAACAGGCGCCAGUAUCCUCAGGCUCCGCCCACCCGCGCCCGCGCCCCCUCGGCUGGGUCUUUCGAAUAAAGCAGCCCUUGUCCUACGA